GAAGAAGAAGAAGAAGAACAUAUAGAAGAAGAGAUAAUAUUUCCACAGCUUCACGAUCUAUUUUCGAGAUUGGCGAAAGCAUCAUAUUUGAAAUGUAUCUAGGGAUGACACAGAGCAAGACAGUGAGCCAGAGCUACCAGGAGAUGUCAUCCAGCCCCUCCCAACUGCAUCAAGCACCAGAUCUGCUGUUCCAAAAGGACCCAAUGACAUUUCAAGAUCCAGAGAAAAGGGUCCUGUACAGCUGUGUUUGAAAACAUUUCCCAGAACUCAGCAUGGUACUAGGAAAAGGGCUUUCUCCAGCUCCUGGUGUAAGGACAAUUCAUGGCUUGAAUAUUCUGCCCAGAUUAUAUAUUCAUGAAAACAGAGUGACCCAAGUAUCUCCAGUAUGCGUGCGCGGUUCGCGCGAAGGAGGAGCAUUUCGGCACAACACCGGGACGCCAUACCUGACCGAGGAUACAUUCACCCCCGGCUUCACACCCAAGAUUGUGGAAGAUUCUCAAAAUGAGAAAAAUGUAAGAGGAUCUCUAAGAGCUGAAGCAGAGAGGAGAAUCAACAAAGAGGAUAUUGUAAUUCUGGAUUCAUUGAACUAUAUCAAAGGCUACAGAUAUGAACUUUUUUGUCUGAUCAAACACACACAGACGCCUCACUGUCUGGUUUAUUGUUUGACGUCAGCCGAAGUGAGCUCAACAUGGAACACAGAAAGGGAUGUUGAAGAGCAGUACACUCAGGAGAUCCUAGAUGCGCUGGUGCUGAGAUUUGAAACUCCAGACUCCAGGAACAGAUGGGACAGUCCACUUUUCACCAUUCAGAAAGAAGACACACUUCCAUUUGAAGCCAUCUCUGAUGCCAUCUUCAAAAGGAAAGCACCCCCUCCUAACCAGUCGACACAGAGUCAACCACUGUCAUCUACAAACUUCUUGUAUGAGCUGGACAAAGUCACACAAGAUGUGUUGAUGGCAAUUCUCAACUCCCAGAAGACAAGUGUUCCAGGGGAUCUCAUUGCUGUUCCAGGAGCUACAGAAAAGAUAGAACUGACCAGAAGUCUAAACAUGGCAGAGCUCCGGAAACUACGACGCCAGUUCAUCAGCUACACCAAGAUGCACCCGACAGAGAAUAUUGGACACAUUGCUAACAUGUUUGUACAGUAUCUAAACAAGAGUAUACAUUGAUGACUUUUUAUUUUAACGCCUUUGGUUCAGGUCAAUAAAAUUAAGGAUGCCUUGUAUGAUAUGUUUA